GUUAUUAGAAAUCGGGUUGGCAUUUCUCCGAAUGUCCAAUUGCUAAUUGGUUUUAGGCUUUCGGCGGCGAUAGCACAUUUUGGGUAGAUCAGUCGGUGGGAUAUCUUGUUGGAGUGUGGAGAUGAUUUCGCUGAAGACGUUGGGCCUUGUGGCCUUGCUGCUUGGGGUGAGCUGGGCCUACCAGGUUAAACCCAAAAAUUAUCAUAAACUGGUGGAGCAGCAGAAGAUGUUCAAUGAACAAUUCGAGAAGGAGUUCCUAACUGAGCACAUGAAGUUCAUGGAAACUGGAGUGAAGUCAGAUCGUCUAGAGGAAAUGUUCGAACACCUUCGCCAGAAGCCAGAUAUGUUCCGGCAGGAGCUGGAUAACCAUCCACUCCCCUAUCAGACUACGGAAUGUACGGCUUGCCGUGCUCUGGUCACCACAUAUCUGACUUACCGUAGAAUCUUGAACUGGGAUCGUGACCGUAUUGCUGCCCAAGCUGCAUCCACGUGUGACACGUUGGGUAUUCUGCUUCCGGAGAACUGCGUCAAGAUCAUCGACAAGAACAUCGACAUUUUCCUCUACAUCAUUGACAACAAGCCAAGCUUGACGGCUCAGACCAUCUGUGGGGUCAUCUUUCAAUCGGGAGCCUGUGUCCUAGAGGAUCCAGAAUUCCUGAACUGGACCAUUGAAGUAUCUGCAGGUGGUACUCCCAUAACCUCGUCGAAAACGGGUUCAAAUCGCGGACCAAACGACUUCAAGAUCGUCCACUUGACGGAUCUGCACUACGACCCUCACUACCGCACCGGAUACAACGCAGUUUGUGGUGAACCGUGUUGUUGCCGUGAAGCCCAAGGUAUUCCGGAAAAUCCGGAAGAGGGAGCCGGAGAAUGGGGAGACUACCGAGAUUGCGACUCACCGUGGAAGGCCGUCGAAGAUGCCGUCCGUGAAGCGGGUCGUCGUCAUCCGGAUGCCGCGUACGUGUACCACACGGGCGAUAUCAUCGAUCACGGUGUAUGGGAGACAACCAUCUCCGGAAACGUCCAAUCUAUCACUCGUACAAACAAUUUGCUCAAAGAAGUUUUCGGAGCCACUCCGGUGUACAAUGUGCUGGGCAACCAUGAGAUCACUCCGACAAAUGUGUUUGCACCGAGCCACAUUGACCGACCUGACUUCUCGCCAAGCUGGGUCUACGAAUUGGUUGCCGAUCAAUGGUCAAACUGGCUACCAGCAGCUACAAAACAGACGAUUCUCCACGGCGGCUUCUACACCGCUCUGGUACGACCUGGGUUCCGCGUAAUCGGCCUCAACAACAACGAUGCCUACACCUUCAACUGGUGGAUCCUCUACGACCCAGCAUACCUGCGCGGUCAACUCCAAUGGCUUCACGAUACCCUCCUGGAAGCCGAAAGAGUCGGCGAGAAGGUCCACAUCUUGGCUCAUAUCCCCAUCGGUGCUGGAACCAGCUUCGUCACAUGGGCCCGACAGUACCGCCGCAUCCUGGACCGCUUCUGGAACACCGUCCAGGCACACUUCCACGGACACACCCACGCCGAUGAGUUCAACGUAUUCUACUCGGCAGCCAACUCGCAGCACGCCAUCAACGUGGCCUUCAACGGAGGCGGUACUGUGCCCUUCAGCAACUACAAUCCCAACUAUGUCGUUUACUAUGUAAACCCACAAACUUUCGAAGUCACUGAUUUCGAAUCGUACUACUUCAACUUGACCGAGGCCAACCUGCACCCCCAAAGGGACCCGCUCUGGACCCCGCUGUACUCCUUCUCGCAAGAUUUCACCAUCUCGAACGUAUCGCCGGCCUCGCUCGACACCCUGGUCCGUCGCUUCGGACAAACCCCGUCCGAGCUGCACCGGUACUGGACGUUGAAGGUGAAGCGCGGCGACCCGUUCCUGGAUGCGGGAUGCGAUGGCGAGUGCCUGCUGAACCACCUGUGCGAAAUCGUUACCAACGAAGCGAACGACGAUCGCAAAUGUAACGAACUGGUGUCCGCUUUCCGCCAGCUCGACGACGAUAAGUGGAACUGGAAAUAGAAAAUAAAACUGUUGGCAGAAGUGCAUUUUUAUUAA